CUCUGGGUUUCCUCCCCCUGCCCUCCCUCCUCCUCGCUCCCCUCCCCCUCAGCCGCUUGCAGCUCCCCAGUCCCCGAGUCGCCGCCGCCGCAGCCGCCCGCAGCCGCGGCAGGACCGGCCCGCGCGCUCCCCGGGGUGCGCCCCCCUCGGUCCCGCGCCCUCCGGGUUCGCAGGGACACCCUCCUCCCCGCGCAUCGAGGCCCCGCCCGGCUCGGCCCCCGCCCCGCGCCCGAGCGCGCCGAGGAUGUGAGUCCUGCCCGCCGCCGCCGGAGCAGCAGCCACUCGCGCGCGGAGCCCGAGCGCAGCGCAGCUCAGCUGCGGGCGCUCGCUGGGUCGCUCGCGCGGGCUGCGCGCUCCUGCCCUAAGCGGUGUCCCCCGGCCCCCACCUCCCGGCGUCUCUCCGGCCCCAGCGCCGCGGCAGCCCCGAGGGCCGUCCCCGGCCGGCCAUCCCCGGCCCCAGCGCCGCUGACCCUGUCCUCCGCGGGCGGGGACGCGGGCGGAGGAGGUGCCGCCUCGGAGCCCCCGGACGCGACCAUGUCGGAGGUGCUGCCCUACGGCGACGAGAAGCUGAGCCCCUACGGCGACGGCGGCGACGUGGGCCAGAUCUUCUCGUGCCGCCUGCAGGACACCAACAACUUCUUCGGCGCGGGGCAGAACAAGCGGCCGCCCAAGCUGGGCCAGAUCGGCCGGAGCAAGCGCGUUGUUAUUGAAGAUGAUAGAAUUGAUGACGUGCUGAAAAAUAUGACCGACAAGGCCCCUCCUGGUGUCUAACUCCCCAAAGACAAUGAGUUGAGGGAAAGAGAAAGAAGAGUGGCGGGCCAUAACAGUUAUUGGCAAAAAGCAUGAGGAGGAGAAAGCACUUUGAAAUGUAUUAUUAGCUUGCUACCUACGAUGAAAUCAACAACCUGUGUCUCAUGUCAGGCCGGCAGACAGAUGAGGUGUGAGGAGGAGGAGGAGGAGGAGGAGGAAGAGGAGAAGGCUCUGGGCUCC